UAAACAUCUUGGUUUCCUUCUUCUAUCUCACAAGCCAGAGCCCUCGGGGCAUAACAACAUAUCUAAUCAUAGAAGCAAACCGCCCCAAGAGCUCUGAAAAACUUGAUUCAAGACGAUUCCAGAUGGCUUACGGGUAUGAUAAUGGCUCCGUCGCGGAAGCAGCUGCUAGGAAAAAGAAGUUCGCCGUCAUUGGUGUUUCAUCUAUUAUCCUAGUAGCCAUGGUGGUUGCUGUGGCAGUGGGUGUCAAUGAUGGCAAAGAAAAAGGUGGUGAGUCCUCACCGUUGAGUGGCUCUAGCGGUCAGCUAUCCACCUCAACAAAAUCAAUCCAAGCCAUUUGCCAACCUACUGAUUAUAAACAAACCUGCGAGGAUAGUCUGAACAAAGCUGCAGGUAACACCAGCGAUCCUCACAAGCUUGUUCAGGCUGGUUUCCAGGUUGCCAUUGAUGCUCUUAAAGUUGCCAUUGAAAAUUCCACAACAUUGAAGGAAGUUGCCAAGGAUCCUAUGGCUAAACAAGCCCUUGAUAAUUGUAAAGAAUUGAUGAACACUGCCAUCAGUGAUCUCAAGACUUCCUUUCAGCAGGUUGGAGAUUUUGAUAUCAGCAAGCUAGAUGAGUACGUUGCUAAUCUCAAAAUCUGGCUUAGCGCCACAAUCACUUACCAGCAAACUUGUUUGGAUGGAUUUGAUAACACCACUGGCCCAGCUGGACAGAAAAUGAAGGAGAUCUUGAGCACUUCUAGUCAGCUUACUAGCAAUGGCCUUGCCAUGGUUACUGGCCUUUCUUCAAUCCUUCAGGAUUUGGACCUUUCAGGAUUGACUGGUCGCAAGCUCUUAGCACAAGGCAAUGAUAAUUUUCCAUCCUGGCUUUCCCCAGCUAAAAGGAGACUCCUUGCUCAAACUCCAGCAACAAUUAAGCCUAAUAUGGUUGUUGCUCAAGAUGGAAGUGGCCAGUACAAGACUAUUAACGAGGCAAUAAAGAAUAUCCCUAAGAGCGGAAACUCAACCUUCGUUCUCUACAUUAAGGAAGGAGUCUACAAGGAGGUUGUCACCUUCUCCAGAAGCUUGACCCACAUCAUGCUAAUCGGUGAUGGUCCUACAAAAACUAAGAUCACUGGAGACCUCAGCUUUGCCGGUGGCGUCCAGAUAUACAAAACCGCAACAGUCUCGGUCAGUGGAAGCCACUUCAUGGCCAAGGACAUUGGAUUCGAGAACUCAGCAGGAGCUACUGGGCACCAGGCUAUAGCACUGAAGGUACAAUCUGAUAUGUCCGUCUUCUACAACUGCCAAAUUGAUGGCUACCAAAAUACACUCUUUUCCCACACUUAUCGCCAAUUCUACCGUGAAUGCACCAUCACCGGCACUAUCGACUUCAUAUCCGGUGACGCCGCCGCAGUUUUCCAGAACUGCAAGAUGGUAGUGAGGAAGCCAUUGGAAAACCAACGAUGUACGAUUACAGCACAAGGAAGGAACAACACCCGUGAACCUACCGGCUUCGUCCUUCAAAACUGCACUAUCACAGCAGAGAAAGAUUACUUGCCAGUAAAGCUCGACAGCCCAUCCUUCCUUGGCCGUCCAUGGAAGCCGUACUCAAGAACCAUCGUCAUGCAAUCUUCUAUUGAUGACAUAAUUGAUCCAAAAGGAUGGGCUCCAUGGAUGGGUACUUUUGGCAUUGACACUUGCUCAUUGUCUGAGUAUGGGAAUAGAGGACCCGGUGCAACUCUGACAAGCAGAGUUACAUGGAAGGGUAUUGUUAAGCUCUCUCCCCAAGAUGCAGAAGCUUUCACCGCUGGUAAGUUCCUGGAGGGAGAUAGUUGGAUUGCGGCCACCGGAGUGCCCUAUACUUCCGGGAUGAUGAAAGUGUAGAGAGAAGAAAGGAGGAAACAAGAAUUGACUUGUAAUAGCUUUUAUGUCAAUUAAUUAGUUGGUGCCUACUGCAUAUGUGCACAUGUAACUUACAGCAUAUGAGAAAAUAAUAAUAUAUAAUUUAUGUAUUAAUGUUACUUCUUAUUUCUAUAUAUAUCUGAAAGAGAAUUUUGUCAUCA